AUGACAGAAUCAGACUCAAGCCACCAACCCCGUUUGAAGGACCUAAUAGAAGGAAAAGUAGAAGAGUAUGCUCGUCAGAUUCCUAAUGUAGAUGUCUUUGAAGAGAAGAGCACUAUUCUCACCCAAUGGUUCCUCAACAAAGACUACUUUACUCUGGCUUCCUCGUCUGCAUUUGCUUGUUGUUUAACCCACCCUGUGGAUCUUAUGAAAGUUAGGUUUCAGCUUCAAGGGGAACUGAGACCCCCUGGAAAGUACCCCAUUAAAUACAGAACAAUACCUCAAUCAAUGUUAGCUGUGAUACGUGACGCAGGUGUGAGAGGACUGUAUAAAGGAGCCGCUCCAGCUUUCUCCUAUCAGUUCCUCAUGAACGGUAUGAGAGCGUUUGUGUUUGAGAAAUGUAACAGGUGGGGUCUGACAAGUGACUUGAACGAGGAGCCCGUGUUAUGGAGAUACGCUGCAGCGUGUGCGCUUUCUGGGUCAGCAGGCGCGGUUUUUGCAAGCACUGCUUAUCUUGCCAAAAUACAAAUGCAGUCUCAAGCUAGCCCUAACCUAGCAGUAGGCUGGCAACAUACCCACAGUAGACCAAGGUGGGUAAUUUGGAAAGCGUUCCGAGGACACAGGGGUUAUAUGGGCAGUGCGUUUCAAGGAGGAACAAGCGCUAUGAUGCGCAUAUCUGUAGCGAGCACAGUGCAACUCCUCUCCUUCACCACAGUGCAACAUGGCAUGUAUGCGCUCGGAGUGCACGAUGCUCUUCAAAACUCCUGUCUCAGUGGUAUUAUCAGUUCAAUACCUGUGGUCCUUAUUUCAAAUCCAUUCGAUGUAAUCUGCACUAGGAUGUAUAACCAGGAGCUGGGUGCAUAUUACAAGAAUAAUUGGGAGUGUGCGGAGAAACUUCAUAAGCGGGAGGGUUGGAGAGGGUUUUAUAAAGGAGCCGUAGCUAAUUACUGUCGGACGGUGCCUCAUAUGAUUGUUACUCUAUUAAUCUGGGAUCACUUCAGGAAGAAAUCAUUCAAUCUCUCUCAAAUUGACCAAUCUUUGAGUUUAGAAUUAAAAUUAUCUGAGAAGAGUAUUGAAAAGAGUCACGAAGAGAUUUUUUCUAAGUUUGAAUCAUGAAAAUAAAGGUCUGAUUAUAAGUGAUUUAAAGACACUAUGACAGAUUUCUGGUUGAUUGUUUUAACCAAGUCAUGUUUUGUAGUUACAUGUGCAUAUUUAGUUAAUUUAUUUUUAGGACGGUUUUAUACUUUAAGUGAUUGA